CACAGGCCUCCGUUGCUCCCACACCACUCGAUCAUGUGCGGGAUCUUCUUUUCCUUGUCCAAGAGACCAACUGUACCAAAUUCAGAAACCAAGUCUUUACUGAUCCAACGCGGCCCUGACAGCUGUCAGACGCACACAGCUCAACGGCAGGUCCAGGCACAAGAUGGAGUGUCUGCGCCAAUAACCCAGUAUCACACAUUCAUCUCGACAGUGUUAUCACUGCGAGGUGAUCAUGUCUACAAGCAGCCCCUUGUAGAUUCAGAAACUCAAUCUGUGCUCUGCUGGAAUGGGGAAGCUUGGAAGAUUGCAAACGAGCGGGUCUCGGGCAAUGACACAGAGCUUGUAUUUGGUCUAUUCCUUGAGGCUAUGAAAGGUGAUGCUCGACAGGCUAUUGAGAACUUUGCGACUGCUGUUGCGAGUAUCUCGGGUCCGUUUGCGUUUGUCUUUUAUGAUGCUGUGCAUGGAAGGCUGUUCUUUUCCAGGGAUUGCCUCGGAAGGAGAUCACUCCUGCGGGGCGUGGAUGUGGAUGGCAGUUUGAAGAUUUGCAGCUUAUGCGAUGGUUCUUCCUCUACGCACUUUGAAGAAGUUGGCUUCGAGGGUGUCUAUAUGAUUGAUCUCGAAAAUAAUCAAGAGUCAUUUACAGACCCUGCAGAGCCAUAUAAGAUUGACAUCCUGCCAUGGAGUUCCGAUACGUCUCCUCCUGCAGGUCAUAUAAAAAAUCCCAUUCCACCAAUGAACAUGUCUGUCCCAGAGGAACAACCUCCUGCACUAAGACUAGAGACACCCUUUGUCAAGGACCUCCAAACCAAACUACACCAAUCUCUCACCUUAAGAAUUGAAGAUGUACCAGAACCGCCUGGUUACAUUCAAAAUCAAAGUGCCAAGAUCGCAGUCCUCUUUUCCGGCGGCCUGGACUGCACACUCCUCGCCCGUCUAGCCCACGACAUCCUCCCAAUCAAUGAACCUAUCGACCUACUCAAUGUGGCAUUUGAAAAUCCCCGCGUUGCCGCCGCAGCAGCAGCAACCUCAAAACAAAACACGUCUUCAUCUUCAUCACCUCUAUCAGAACCCACUUCUUUCUACGAAACCUGUCCAGACCGAAUCACAGGCCGCUCAGCACACGCCGAGCUCCAAGAAACCUGUCCCGGCCGAACAUGGCGCUUCAUCGCCAUCGACAUCCCCUACACUGAAACCCUCGCACACCGCGAGUCCGUCAAGCGACUCAUGAGGCCGCAUAACACCGAAAUGGAUCUAUCCAUCGCUUGCGCACUAUACUUCGCCUCUCGCGGUCAAGGAACCAUCUCUGAACCUGAAUCUGGAACUAUCCCAUACACAACAACCGCCCGCGUCCUCCUCUCCGGCCUCGGUGCAGACGAGCUCUUCGCCGGCUAUGGCCGUCACGGGGUAUCAUUCGCCCGAGGUGGCUUCCCAGGACUCAUCUCCGAGAUCCAGUUAGACGUAAGUCGACUCGGACAGCGCAAUCUCGGCCGCGAUGACCGCGUGCUCUCGCACUGGGGUCGGGAAACUCGGUUUCCGUACCUGGAUGAGGAGUUUGUUGGGUGGGUUCUUCGAGCGCCGGUGUGGGAGAAGUGUGGGUUUGGCCUUGCGGAGCCGCAGGGCGAAGAUGAAGAACAAACUCUUCGGGGCAUUGAUAAGGAGAAGAUGGGGUUGCGACUUGUGGCGCUGAGAUUGGGGUUGAGGUCUGUUGCGAGGGAGAAGAAGAGGGCUAUUCAGUUUGGGGCGAGGACGGCGAAGAUGGAGAAGGGGAGGACGAAGGGAACUGAUGCGUUGAGUUGA